AUGGCUGAUUAUAAGCUGUUUUGGAACAAUAUCCGUGCUCAGACAGGGUACAGCCUUCAGUAUGUUGAGAAGCAUGGCGCUGAAUCGUUUCUAUACCCGGAUGCUGCUCAAUCAACCAAGUAUAGUAGUACAGCUGCUACCACCGGAGACGGGUUUUCGAAUAACACGGCAAUCUCUACUACCUUCACCGCCGGUACUAUUUCUGCUACGGCAUCGCUGACUCAUGUACGUCGUGGCCGUCUACUGGUGCUGCAUCUGCCACGACUUUUAUUGCUAAUCGACUUGGUCGCGAUUAAGCUUACUGAUUUACAUCCGAUUUUUAAGGAGCUUGACUUGAUUGCUAAUCCACAAAUUCGUCUUCGUUUCCGCGUUAACCAGGGCACUUCAGCUAUUGAUGUUGAUGCAUCGAGAAAUAUGACGCUAACGGGAACAACAUUAUCGAGUGGCAAUGUAUGCCAUGUAAUGGUUGCUUCUGCGACCAGUCCAAACCCAAUGUACAAUGCUCUUAGUGUCGCUGGUUCGGUUGCAGUUUCUUGGGGUGCUGUGGUUAACUCGCUUGAGCCUACAAUUGAUGGAACCUACAUGCCUUUCACGACUUCUCGACUGUAUGUUCCUUUCGUUCAUUUGCAGAACCCUCAGGAUAUCAUCUCUAAACCGGUUAAGAAAGUCCGCUACAACGACUGUUAUGCACAGUGGUUUUACCAGCGUGCUGGCAUUGGCAAGCAGUCGACUCAGCUCAAUACUGCAUUUGAUCUCCAGCUUCCGGCUUCCGUUAAAAAUGCUAUAUAUGUUAUCCUCCUUCCUUUUGCCGAACAGAGCGGUAGUUUUGUUUCUGCUGCUGUCCAAGAGUUUCAGAGUCCUUUCGAUUCGGCUCCUUGGACUCUUCACCCUGGUUCGAGCAUUCGCAACUUCAACGUCCGCAUUGGUUCGACUCAGUGCUUCGAUAUCUCCCAUGACUACGAUUUCCAUCAAUUUACAAACGAGUUUGCUAAGAUUGCUUCGAUUAAUGGUGAUCUGACUCCUGAGCUGGUGAAUGGUCUUCUUGACUAUCAGACGUGGUCUCUAACUAACCGCGUCCUUAUCGCUGACGUUAGCCGCCUGACGGAGCGUGAUAUCCCUCAGGCCAUUCAGGUCCAGGGUGUCAACGCUGGUUGCCAGGGAACCAACAUGCUUGUAUUGGUUGUGAGCGAGCAAGAGCUCUCCUACGAUCGUCUAACGGGUGAAGUUCUUGAUUUUACCACUGCUUAG